CGCGCGAAACACGCAGUUCGCAACCCAUAGGUGGAGCAUGAUGUCUGUCUUCCGGCCAGGGUUAUUUGAGGGCAAAGUAGCAAUUGUCACUGGCGGUGGUACGGGUAUUGGAAAGGCAAUUGCGAGAGAAUUACUCUACCUUGGCAGUAAGGUUGUUAUUGCCUCUAGAAAUGAGGAAAGACUGAAAAGAACAGCUGAGGAAUUGUGUCGCUAUGUACAACCGUCGAGUACUGGAGAGGUGAAAGUAGUUCCUUGCAAUAUUAGAGACGAAAAACAGGUAACUACCAGUUCUUUGUUUCCAACGGCCGAGCUAUUGAAAUACUACUAAGAUAAUAUUGUUUCCGGGAUUUUCGGGGAGGAUAUGCCUUUCUCUGCAUGUACAGCGCUGUACAUUCUGCCGUGAGGUUCCAAUGCAAGAAUUGGUGUUAUCACAGCCUCCCCAACUGUUCUAUCUGGAGAGGCUAAGGGAGGCGUUUUCUCAAUUGAUGUUUGCUACACAUGUCUAGCUCCGAAGAUCAUUUCGUUCAAAAUUUGUUAUAAAAAGUUCAUAAUCCUUUCUACCCAACUCUAUUUUUUUCUCCAAUGAGAAUAAUUUAGAUGUCAGUACUGACUUCAGACCAGUGUGAGCCACUGGACUCAGGAGCAGGGUUUUCUCUUUACUCUCUUCAUACCCUAAUUAGUAUGUUGAUAGUUCAAGUGGCACACAUCCUUUUCAUCUAAUCUGACACAGUCUUUGCAUCUGUUAAAAUUUGGAUCCAUGUUACAUGAAAUCUUUCUGUGGAACUGUCCUACAACACUUCAGUGAAAGUUAAAAUGAUUUUUGUCAUUUUGUAUUAGAAAAUAUGAUAUUGGUUGAACAAUACCAGUGAGAGUAAAAUCAAACAUAAGUCUUAAACAGUUGAUUUGACAUCCAUACAAUUACAGCCAAAUUAUCAGAAAUCAAUUCCAAUUAUUCUCUGUUUUAUUUGUAACUGAGGUUACGUGGGUGUAAGUUUGAUUAAGCAACCAAUGUGAGGCAACUUUCUCAAGAUUCAUUUUGCCAUUCUUUAGAGUUCUUUUCAAAAACUCUUUUUCCAAAAUGUGAGUUUACAAACUCAGGGUUUGACUUAUCUUUGAUUGUGGUUUACAUGCUAGUGUAUACUGUCUUUGACAAUAUUCAAAACAAAUGUAAACUCUAAUAUUUUAGGUAACAAACUUGAUGGAGGAAACCCUCUCUUCCUAUGGUAAAAUCGACUUCCUUGUCAACAAUGGGGGUGGUCAGUUUAUGUCACCUGUGGCAAACAUGUCUUUGAAGGGUUGGAAAGCUGUGGUUGACACGAACUUGAAUGGGACAUUUCUGUGCUGUAAAGAAGGUAAACACUGUCUUCAAUGAACCAUUGAAGCCACAGAGAGUUCUAUAAAAAUAAGUUUGAAGCCUAACCAUCGAAAAGCCUAAUAAGAAAUUCCUUUAGCAUAGAACAAUUAUUAUUGAAACAGAGAUGGGUAGAGCUGAAAGUAGGGAUGUUCUAGGAGGCUAUGGUAUUACUAUGAUGACCUUAAAUGUUAGGAAAGGAUCACAAUUCAUCUAGAAAUAAUUGCACCUUUUCUUGUAUAGGACUUUGCCUUUCCUCAGUAUGAGUCAAAUUUGCAACAAGUGCUCUAUGUUAACUGUGUAGUUGUUAUGAAAUAACUGAGAAUGUGUCUGUGUUUAGCAUUCAGAUUGUGGAUGUGCAAAAAUGGUGGUUCAAUUGUAAACAUCAUUGUGGACAUGAGCAAGGGUUUCCCAGGACUGGCGUAAGUUGUAAUUUUUUUGUUUUCUUCCUGUAUGAACAGUGCUUGUCUGUCUGUGUAAAAUUUUGACUCUGCUGAGGUUAAAAUAAUGUUUCUUUAGUAAUUUCAAAUAGCUGUAUUUCAGCAAAUUUACACAUAAGUUGCACUUUUUACAAUCGAGAAUUGAUAAGAAUUGAUUUACAAAAACAAAGCACUUAAAAAAAAGCAACUUUUUGUGUCAAAGAAGAGAGGUCAGUCUACUGACUCGCUUUUCUGUAUUGUCAUUACUAUAUUUAAUUUAGACAUAGUGGUGCAGCUCGAGCAGGAGUUCACAACUUGACCAUGAGCCUAGCUGUUGAAUGGAUACGUUUUGGAGUUAGGAUCAACUGUGUGGCACCAGUAUGUUAGUAUUGAUCUGCCUUACCUACAGAACAAACAUUUUUAUACAUGCAGUCAAGCUCAUGUCACUUUGAAAACAAUAUCAAAAAUAAAGAGCACUUAGCUUUCCCUUUGCAAUCAGCAGGGUUGCAGCUUAUCAUAGUGACAAUUCUGUAUUAUUUUUGGACUGUUCAUCAAAGGGUAAAUGUGUUAUGUUCAGUUUGAUCUCUGUCAAUCUGACAAAAUAGUGGUAAUGGGGAGUAAGACUUAGGAUACAAACGUUCAUGAAAGAGUGCUGAUCCUGUUAAGAAUGACCUAUCCACUCUCCAAAAUUAUGCUAUAUCCUGGUGUUUUUACUUGCUAAUUGUGUUUACUGUUGGUAUGGUGAACAAAAGGAUGCACAAGAGAUACACUGUACUGGCAAGAGGUACAUGUAUUCACAGCAUAAAUUAGCAUUUUAUUUCUCUAGGGUGUGGUGUACUCUGACACUGCUGCACAGAACUACCCUGACCCUGAGCUGUUUCAAAGGAUGGCCAAUAUGUUACCAGCCAAAAGAUGUGGAACCACAGCAGAAGUAAGAGCAAUGGUACCCUUUUUUCCCUUCUAAUUGGUUUUGGGCAGUUAUCCCUCUGAAAAAGAACUCACACAGAGUUACUCAUAGAGGUGACUGCUGAAUAGAGGGGAAAAAAAUUUGGAACUUUGACAACCAAUUGCUUAAUACAGGGUGACCACUUAAUAUAAUGCCACUCAGUACAGGUUCAACUUUAUUUUGUCACAAGCAUGGGACAAAUAAAAAAUUUUGAGUCCAGAAUCGAGCCUUAGACUUCUGGAUUCCAAGUUGCAAUGCUCUCCCACAAUCCACAGAGACUACAUAGUGAGCUAAAGGCCAUUACUAGGUUGAUAUGUGACCCCACUCCUGCAUACAUUUAGGACAAGCAAUGUCAAAAGCAUCAUGGGGAUAUAAUUAGAAAGAUUAUCUGAUUUAUUUCAAUCUUAGUGAUAAGGGCUCAGAGUGUAGCUUGAGAUGCUAUGUAUCUUUGCUAAAUAAAACAUGGUUAAAGUCUUACUGUAUAUGGCUACAUCAUGCAUAUGAGCAGAACUCUCUGUUGUUAUUUAGGUAGCUGGAGCUGUCAGCUUUCUCCUCUCCCCAGCAGCAGCUUACAUAACAGGAACUACAAUUGACGUGGAUGGUGCAUCAAGUAAAGUGUUUGUUAGUAACAUACCAACAGCAGGUGAGGCAAUUGCUCAAUGGAAUGGUUUCAUGAGCCCUAUUUCCUUGAAUAAGCAUCCACUCUCAGAUAAGAGCCUUCCCCCUAAUAGGUGCCCACACCCUGGGCCUAGACCAUAAUGUCAUAUGAGCACUCCCCUCAAAUAAGUGGCCCCUUCUCACUUUCUUAAUUAGUAGGGAUACAAGGAAACCUGUUUCUAUUACCACUUUAUUUAUAACUUUUCAAACUUUUUAUAUGGAGGAAUCAUUGCUGGAUAAUAUUAAUUAAGCACCCUCCCUUUUAGCCAAAAUUUUAAAUAAGCACCCAGGCACCUAUUCAAGGUAGUAGUAGUUAGUAGUAGUACCGUAAUGUACUGUGCUGUGGUACAUUAUCUAUGGGUCAUACUGACAGAUCUGCCGUAGAAAAAACAAGUUUCUCCCCCCCCCCCGAGUAUUGAUACACUCCUCCUGUCCAGUCCUUUGUCUUUCUGCUUUUUCUUGUUUUGUUUAUUUGUUUGUCCGUUUAAAAAUACUGGGCAAAUAUCAAAACAACAACUGUUGAUUAUAGUUGAUGCAGCUGUUCAAAUUUACAGACCUUUAAACUUGUUAAGAGAUUUCCACAUGGUUAUGGAAUUUUUUCAAUCUUUUAGCUCCUGUUACAAGUCCUAAAUCAAUCAUUAUGAUUGUCAGUAGAACAAUGCAAAAAAAUUUUCCUUCGCGGAUACUCUUGUGGUGCUGCUGUCAAAAGAAAGAUGUAAUGUACUGGGCAAAAUUUAGUAACAUUAAACCUCCACCCUCAAUUCAAUGCAAUAGCCACACCCCUUUCUUUUUCCCAAUUUAUCUUCGGGAUCGGGGUGGGGGAGGGUUAUUGGAGGGAUUACCCACAUACUUUUUGUUGUUUUUGUUGCAGAUGAGUGCUCUCUGCCAGAAUACACUUGGAAAGAUGAUAGUAUUCCACCUUCAAAGUUGUAAUCUUUUCCUUACUGAAAAAAAUUCAUUCACAGUUUUAGAGUUUGGUUAAGCUACAAAAUUAAGAAAAAAACAUUUUGUAUCAUGUGUAAUUAAACAUGGCAAAAUCUUCUAAUCCGAGAAUCAGUAACAUUACGCAAAAAAGCUACACAGUUUCAUGGAAUUUAUAGGCGGAAGAGUACAGUAAUAUUAAAUGGCAGGGUAGUCCUGAGGUAAAUCCGAGCAUUCUGAUUGGUUCCCACUUGGUCCGUAUCCUGCCAUACGGAUGGUUUUCACGGAGAAGGUCAGAAAGCUGGCAAAUUCAAACUGAACAAGUUUUGUAUGAGUGCCGUGUGAUAGACAACUUACUGACCUCGCUUGCUCGAGCCGCAGUUCGUUUUGUAAGUAGUUAAUAUAUUGGAAAUGAUCUUGAGGUUACAAUUGUUUGAAAAUAGAGUCUAUCGAUCUGAGAAGAAAAGAAAGCAGAAGGUCGCUAACUUAUGACGCUGGCAGCACAGUAGGUCACAUUAAAGUCCACUUUUGUUCCUUGCGUACGUCAAUACCGUGGAUCACACAAAGUUGUCUUUACGGCUACAGGUAUACGCUUCUUUGCAGCAACGCAUUUGUGAUGAAGAAAGUUCUUAAAUUGCGCACAAAUGUGUUUCGUCUUUAGUCGUGGAUUUGCUAAGCUUAUGCAUAAGAAAUAUUGGACUUCGUCAAGGCGUUCGCACGGGAAUUUGGGGAGAGCAUGCAUCAAAAUAAAGAUGGCGGAAUAAUAAAGGAAAGGGCUCUUGUGGGGAUGACGGCUCAAUUCUUUUCCUCGGAAUCACAAAAUCGUCGAGUUCUAGUACAUUUUUUGUUAUAUUCCUAUCAUAACAUGCACAGGAAAUUCACGAGUUUGCAGGUGGCACUUCGAUUAACAGCAACAUAUCGAUUGAAAAUGAAAAUCCCGAAGGGUUGAUAACUACAGUUUAUUUUUAAGGGGGAGAUUAUCCAUCUAAUCACAUUCCCAUCCUACUUCCCAGAGGAUUUAUAUUUUCGAAAGUGACGAAUAACCAGAGAGCAUCGAUGUUGAAAACAGGGCAUUCAAGUGUCGGCUCUCUUUCAUGUUAGAGGGGGUAAAUUUCUAAAGAAACUGUGGUGCUGCGUCGGUGGGAUAGUAAAAUAGGGUAAUUAAGUAUGAUGAACUGAGUUGAUAACGUAAAUUGAGUUUUAAAGCUGACGUUUCGUGCGUUGACCCUUAGUAAUUCUUUCUUUCUUGUUACGUUCAACAUUAUUCCUUUGGGAGUUUAGAGAACACGUUCAAUAAAGCGAUAGCACGUGAUUGGUCGGUUAAUUUAUAACGUAAUUAGCAGAAGACUGAACCUGAAAAUAUAAACAUUCUCAAAUUUGUGACGUCAGUGACCCGCCCAGCGAAUGGGAGACGAUAUCCCUUUCUAGUUUAUAUUAGAGCGAACACAACC